AUGUCGGCCUUUCGAGGCGCUCCGUCCGGCGUCUUCGAGCUUCAACAAAGCAGUUCCUUUCGAGGUCCACAGCCGGCUAAACACGAAUACUCGUUGGAGCGGGAUAAUGCAGGAGCUUCUGUGGACGAGAUUCCUCAAGGAGAGAGUAACUACGAGGAAGAAGAGGUGGAUGAAUCCGUGCGGGAGGACAUGAACAAAUUGGAAGAUACCUUUCCGGGCAUCUCGGACAGAUUCCGGCUGGUCAACCGGAUUGGCGAAGGGACGUUCUCCACCGUUUACAAGGCGGAAGAUCUACUCUAUGAUCACUAUCACAACGAUUGGGACAUUUUCGAACAGGCGCAACAACAAGAAGCAUGGGCAAGCCCCCCCUCAAAACGAAGACGAGUCGACGGUGAACCGGGCAGGCGCAAGCAAGGCCGAUUUGUGGCACUGAAGAAGAUCUAUGUCACGAGUAGCCCAAUUCGGAUUCAGAACGAGUUGGAGUUGCUCCAUGACCUCCGCGGCUGUAAAUCCGUGUGUCCUUUAAUCACUGCAUUCCGAUUUCAGGACCAGGUCGUUGCUGUCUUGCCCUACUUCCCACAUACCGACUUUCGCAUCCAGUAUCGCACAUUUAUGGUGGCAGACAUGCGCCAUUAUCUGCGAUCAUUACUGGUGGCAUUGCAUUCCGUCCAUGAACACGAGAUAUUGCACCGAGAUAUUAAACCAACGAAUUUCCUCUACAACCCUGACCUGAAAGAAGGCGUGCUCGUCGACUUUGGACUUGCAGAGCGUCAAGGUUCUGAGUACACGAGCCAGUGUCUUUGCACCCAUCAAACUUACGUCCGCCGUAGCCGGAUCCUCUCCAGCUACUAUUCGAAGAACCCUCCAUCUGGAGGACUAUCAGCAGGUUAUCCCAAAAAUGACUCUCGCCCGUCUAGGCGAGCGAAUCGGGCUGGGACUCGAGGCUUUCGAGCACCAGAGGUCCUGUUCAAAUGUACAUCACAGACCACGAAGAUUGACAUGUGGUCAGUCGGCGUGAUACUUCUGACUUUGCUUGGGCGUCGGUUUCCCUUCUUCAACUCGGCAGACGAUAUCGACGCCAUGAUCGAGAUGUCGAGCAUCUUUGGCACACGACGCAUGAAAACUGCUGCAGCCAUGCACGGGCAGAUCUUCGAAACCAACAUCCCCACCAUUGGAGAGAAGGGCUAUAGCUGGGAGAAGCUGGUGAAGUGGUCAAGCUGUGUCGAGGACUUGACUGAGAGCGAGCAACAGGCGACGCGUCUUCUAUCUGGCCUGAUGGAGCUAGACCCGUCGAAGCGUCUCAGUGCUGAGGAGGCUUUGCAACACGAGUUCUUUACCAGCCCAAUACAUCACGAUGUGGAAUGGGGCGGCCAUCCGGAGGAGAGUGCUGAUUCGGGCGAUGACGAAGAGGGCGGAGAGGAUGAAGCAGAUGAGGUCGCGAUGCUAUGA